AUGAUCGACGGCGAUGAAGGAAAACGUCAUGGCAGGCGCAAUGGUAGCGCCAGCGCCAGAAUACGUCCUGCCCAUGACGCUCGCGCUGGUGUUGCCCGCAGCGUAGAGCCGUUCAAUGGGCUUCCCGUCACUGUCUCUAAGCACCCUCGCAAACUCAUCUGUGAGCAGUCCUCCCUUGGUGCCCAAAUCACCUGGGUAAAUCCGGGCUGCAUAGAACGGUGGCUUCUCAAUCGGCCCCAAGCUAGGAUUGGGUCCUAUAUUGGGAUCUCCAAAGUACUUGUCAAACGCAGAAACACCCCGGUGAAAAUCUUCAUCGACUCCUGCUCUCGCCAUCUUAUUAAAGCGAGACAGUGUCUUCUCAAGUCCGGCAGGAUCAACGCCAAUCUGUCGCGCUAG